GCGGGAUUGAAUUCAUCUACUUUCCCGUAAUGGCGCUCGUCCAACUACCUACUGAGAUCCUGUGGACCAUCGCAUCAUGCUUUUGCCACCAAAGGGACAUUUACGCCUUGAUCCGGACCAAUCGUCAUCUAUACAAAACACUCAUCAAGUUUUUGUAUUGCUUUCAUGGCCAGUAUAAGCAUGGAGCCGCGCUCUCUUUUGUCGCCGAGCGGAACCUCUUUUUACAAGUUCAAAGUUUGCUGGACGGGCUGAAUGCUGUCCGCAACCAGCCUCAAGCAUCCCUGGCAGUGAUAGAAGCAACGGAAGACAAGGCGCCAAAAAUGUACGAAGAAGAAGAAGACACGGUGCCAAGGAGAAUACGAAAAAGAUGGGACCCCAUGGAUCCUUACUAUCAGGAUAUUUUUACCCACCCUCUUUUCCAACAGGGAUACAGCAUACCGAGUGUUGUGAAUAUCCAGCACGCUCUAGUGGUGGCAAUUCAGGGUGGCCAUACCGAAACCGUGGCCGUCUUGCUGGAUUUUGGUGCACAGGCCAACUUCUACUAUGGGGGACGCGUUCAAUGCCCAAUUCCUCAACAUACUCGCAACUGGUGGCAUGAUAAGGAGGUUGACUACCCGCCCCUCUUCACUGCGGUGCAGUUCGGGAAUCUGGAGCUAGUAAAGUUGCUGCUUCAGCGUGGUGCUGAUCCAGAGCUGUAUGUCCCUUCACCGUUAUAUCGCGCUGUGAAAGAUGAUCAACGGGAUAUUAUCCCUGUAUUGCUCGAACAUGGCGUGGGGCCGCAAGCAACAGCGUUGAAGCUAGCUGUACUACAUGAGGAUGAGUCUAUGGUGAGACUUCUUCUUGAUGAAGGAUUAAAUGUUUUACAGUACGGAUAUGCUGGACUCUACACUGCUAAAAUGAAGGGUGACCAGGAUAUGGUCGACUUGUUGGAGUCUCGGGGUGCGACCUUGGCUGCACUUACUGACGUUGACAAGGAAAAUUGGGCGGAGGAGGACGGGGAUGGCACUCGUCGGCCAAAUUUUCACCGUAUGUUUAUUUCCGACGAGACCGAGAUCGAAGAGGAAGAGGAGGAUGACGAGGUUCAGGAUGAUGAGGAUUGAUUGGGUACCUUUUCUUGUAUCACACAUUUUUCAAAUUGGUCCCCUUCUCUCUCUCUCUCUCUCUCUCUCUCUCUCUCUCUUUCUAUUCCUGGUUUUACAAACGAAGAUAUGCACAACUGCACAACUGUACAGUAGAUAUGUACAUAGAUACAUGCAUAUGCCUAUCUAACAGCCC